AUGGGGAAGCGGAAGGGUAGGAGGCCGUCCCGCGGCGGCGCGGGCGGGAGGGAGCCGGAGCCGGCGAGCGAGCCGGAGCCGGAGAAGACCGAGGAGGAGGCCGAGGGGGAGAGCGACUUCUGCUUCGUCUGCAAGGACGGCGGCGACCUCCGCCUCUGCGACUACAGGAACUGCCACAAGGCCUACCAUCCUCACUGCGUGGGGGAGGGUGAAGAUUUCCUCAAAUCGGACGACGAAUUCAUCUGCAGGUGGCACAAAUGCUUUAUCUGCAAGCAGCAAUCGUACUUCCGGUGCCUCUGCUGCCCCGGCAACUCUGUAUGCCGUGCUUGCCUGAGACAGGCAGAAUUUGUCCGAUUUGGAAAUCAAACAAAGGGAUUCUGUACCAACUGUCUAAGGCUGGCAACCAUGAUUGAGAAGAAUGUUGAAGUUGACUCUGAUGGGGAGAAGGUUGAUUUCAGUGACAAGUCAACUUUUGAAUUCCUAUUUAAAGACUACUGGGAGAUUAUUAAGGAAAAAGAGGGCUUGACAUUGGAUAAGCUUCAAGAGAAGUUUCCUGAAGAGCACAGCUCAGAUGAUGAUUUCUUGGGCAAUAGUGAUGAUGGUGAUGAUGAGCCAACACGCCUAACUAACGUAAAUAGAUCAUCAAAUAAAGUGAAAGCCUCGAGGAAACAAAGAAAACCGAAGAAGAAUGUAUAUGUUGGCUGGGGUUCAAAAGAGCUGGUUGAAUUCCUUGCAUCAAUAGGAAAAGAUGCAUCCAAAUCUCUAGAUCAAUGUGGUGCUGCUGAAGUUGUCAGGCACUACAUUCGACAGAAAGAUCUUUUCCACAAAGAUAAGAAAAAAUAUGUCAUAUGUGAUGGCAAACUCUAUCCUUUGUUUAGGAGAGGUGAGAUUAAGUUCACCAAGAUAUAUAGCCUGCUUGAACGGCAUAUUGCUGCAAAUGCUACAUCUGAGGAUGAAAUACUAGCUAGCUCUGAGGAUAACAGUGACUCAUUUAGGAAAAAGAAAAGUCGGACCAUGACCUCUGAGCCCAGUACCCCGAAAGGAAUUUCUGAAAGAUACAGGAGAUGCUUUGCUUCUCUUGUUCAUGACAACAUUAAGCUGAUCUAUUUGAGGAAAUCUUUAAUUAUGGAUCUGCUGAAGCAGCCAGAGACAUUUGAACACAAAGUUAUUGGCUGUUUUGUGAGAGUAAAGAAUGACCCCAAAUACUGUACUUACCAUAGGCCUAAAACAAUGUACCAGCUUGGACAAGUGACUGGCAUUCGGAAAUCCUCAGAAGAAUACAAGAUAAGUGAGAAAAGUGACGUAUCAACAAAUAUACUGUUGCGUAUUUCCAGCUGCUGGUCUGAAGUCAAAAUUUCCAUGUUGUCAGAUGAAGACUUUGACGAGGAUGAAUGUGAAGAUCUUCGUCUUCUGGUCAAGAAAGAACACUCCCAGAGGCAUACUGUUGCGGAGCUUGAGGAAAAAGUGAGAAAGGUACACAGGGACAUAGUCAGUCAUGGGAUCGAUAAAGAACUUCAGAGACUGGAAAAAUUAAUUGAAAGGGCCAAUGAAAAGGGUUGGCGCGCCGAUAUGCAUGCACACAUCGAAAAGAGACGGCUAUUGCGCACACCAUCCGAAAGACAACGUCUUCUUGAAGAGGUCCCUCAAAUUAUUGCAGAUUUAGAAGAUACUAAAGACCCUGAAUUAUUAGUUGAAGCAUCGGACAAGUCUUUUCAGAUAGAUAUGUCUGUUCUAGAAGGUUCCAGUGGGGAGGGAGCUGUUUGCUUGGAAAGUUGUUCACAAGAAAUAUCUAAAGGUGCUAGUGAGGAGAAAGCUCCUUGCUUGAAAAGUUGCUCAGAAGAUAAAUCUAAAGGUGCCAAUGAGAAAGCUGUUUGCCUGAAAAGUUGCCCAGAAGAAAAACCUGAAGAUGCCAAUGAGCGAACUGUUUGCUUCAAAAGUUGUUCAGAAGAAAAUACUAAAGCUACUGAAGCUGAUGGUUGUACACCUGGAACAUGUGUUCAAAAUCAGGCCAUUGCAGUUAAAUGCAAUGCUGCUGGUGGUACACCCAGAACAUAUGCCCAAAACAAGGGUACUCAAGGUAGUGAAGACAAUGCUGCUGGUGAUAGACUGGAAAUGCAUGUCCCGAAGAAGGCUACUGCAGCUGGCAUCCCAGACGACGUUAUUAUCAUCGAUGACUAUGACGAUGAAGAUGAAGAUUAUUCUCUGCCUGAUGAAGGUGCAAACAUCACUGUUGAUCUGGAUGCUAACAAAUCUCGGGAUACUGUUAUGGUGCAACACGAGACAAGGCACGCGGCCGUGUGGUUCUACACGGACCCUCAGAAUGAUGUGCAAGGCCCGUUUCCGUUAGAGAUGCUGCGCCGUUGGAAGGAGGAUGAGUACUUUGACGACGACUUCAGAGUCUGGAGAGCAGGUCAAUCUAGCGACUCGGCCAUCUUGCUCAUCGAUGCUCUGCGCCUGAAACGCUAAAAUGGUACCGGCUACUUUCCUUGUAAUAUAUUCCUCUUCCUGGAUUCUCGACGUACUUUGUUCAUAGUAUAACGGUGGGAGGACUACUGUAGAGACUCAGCACUGUUCAGGCAUUACCUGAUCGUAGAAAGGUUUAGCCUGUAUUGUGCACUGCAAGACAGCCUUCUCGGCCUCGCCUUUUGGGCAUGGGAUAGAUGUAUUACGUACUCUUCUUAAGUUGGGUUCAGACUUCAGAGCUUAAUGCCAGUUCGUGUCCAAA